UGCUGUAAGGUUCAAGCUCUCUGUAAAUACUUCUAUUUUUUUUCUUGCUGUGUCCACCAGUUUUUUUUUUUUGCACUGUAAAUAUUUAUAUACACUUUUAAAGGAUUUGGUGCAAAUAAAAGAAUUCACUGUUUUUGGGACUCUUCGGCCUUGCCAUCAUUUUUAUAACUUUUUUUUAAACGAACCCGUGACAUUUGGUGUCAGAAGUGGGAUGGCUGGUCGAAGGAAGAGACGCUCUCAGCAGAGAAAAAUGGAAGAAGAGGAACUUGCAUCCGAAGAAGCAUCUGAAAUGGCCCAACCCAUGAGUGAGUUCCUGGGGCUCAUGAAAGACUUUAUGAUCGGGCAACAGAAGAGAGAGGAGGGGCUCCUGGCAGCAAUGAGAGGACUCCAAGCUUCUUUGCCUGCUUCUCAGCCACAGCAAGCCCAAGCAGCCGAGCAGAGACCUGGGGUAUCCAAUCCAGCACAAGGGGCAGCGUCGCCGUCUGCAGAGUCGAUGCUGAGCCUUAGGGGUCUACCUACUCCCGCUCCACGUCAGCGUCGUAGCUCCCCCAUAGCCACACCUGAGUCUCGUGGGGGCGGUGGAGAGGAACAUUCCCGUGCAGACGCCCGACCCUAUGGGGACCCAAAGAUCCCUCAGUAUGUCAAUGGAGAGGACAUUGAAAAUUACCUCCUGCGCUUUGAACGCAUCGCCAAGACAUGGGCGUGGCCACAGGAGGAGUGGGCCUGUCGCCUGGUGCCAUUACUCAGUGGAAAGGCACUGGAGGCCUACACAGCGAUGGACGAAGAGAGGGCCCACCUGUACCCCGACCUGAGGGCGGCGCUGCUGGCUAAAUUUGACAUCUCGCCAGAGACGUAUCGUCAGCAGUUCCGGUCCAGCGCGGUUCCACCUGGAGAGAACCCAACGGAGACGUACCACCGCUUAAAGGGGCUCUAUCGCCGAUGGAUCCGUCCGGAGCAGCACACGAAGGAGCAGAUUGGUGAGCAGAUCAUCCUGGAGCAGCUGCUGCGUGUCCUUCCUGCCGACAUCCACACCUGGGUGAAGGAGCACGAGCCUGCAGAUGGGCUAGCUGCAUCCAAGCUAGUGCUGCAGUACAUCAAUGCGCGGAAAGGAGGCCCAGCCGCACACCCAGGAGGUCCCAGUUGUCAGCUUUUGUCACAACCCAGGCCAGCAGUGAGAUCCGGUUACCAGCCCCCUGGAGACUUCAACACAGCACCCAAUCAGCGUGGGCCCGGUAAGGAGCUAAUCUGUUUCUACUGCCAGCAGCCAGGCUACAAAGCAUCCUUGUGCCCCAUCAGAAAAGCUAAACUUACGGGUGCCUGUUACACUCCACGUGCUGAAGCUGUAAAUGCUGUAGGGAGACGGCAGCGUUUUAAGGACAUUACAGUUAAUGGCCAGCCUGUGACUGCUCUCCUUGACUCUGGCAGCUUCCUAACCCUAGUCCGGAGGGACUUGGUGCCAACUGGAAUGGUGGAUUUUAGCAGACAGGAAGACAUUUUGUGUGUGCAUGGAGACCGACAUGCCUACCCCACAGCUGAUUUGACUGUUGGAGUGAAAGGACAGGCCUACUUGCUAACUGUGGGGGUGGUGGAAAAGUUGCCUGUUGCUGCCAUCUUGGGGUGGGACUUACCUGUGCUGCUGGAUGUACUGCUGAAAGAGAGGGGGCCAAUCCACCAGCGGUCCUAUCGGGUGCCACAACAUCUCGUGGAGAAGCUCCUGAAGGAAGUGGAGGAGAUGCAGCGUCUGGGGGUGUGUGAGCCAUCCCAGUCCGAGUGGUGCAGUCCGGUGGUCAUCGUGGUGAAGAAGGACGGCUCACUUCGCAUUUGCAUUGACUUCCGGAAGCUCAACACCAUGUCGGAGUUCGAUGCCUACCCGAUGCCCCGGAUCGAUGAUCUCCUGGAGAAGAUUGGGUGGGCCAAGUUCAUCACCACCCUCGACCUCUGCAAGGGCUACUGGCAGGUGCCCCUGGAAGAGUCCAGUCGCCCUUACACGGCCUUCCAGACACCUGCAGGCCUCUUCCAGUUCACGGUGAUGCCUUUCGGUCUCCACGGAGCACCCGCCACCUUCCAGAGGCUGAUGGACCGGGUCCUGCAGGGGUGUGGGGACUGCAGUGCCGCCUACCUGGAUGAUGUGGUCAUCUUCAGCAACACCUGGGAGGAGCAUCUGCAGCACCUGGAGCGGGUCCUGAGCCAGAUCCAGCAGGCCGGCCUGACACUCAAUCCUGCCAAGUGUCAGUGGGCCAAAGAAGAAGCAAUGUACCUAGGCUACAGGCUUGGACGCGGCGAAGUCCGACCGCAGAUGGACAAGGUGGAGGCCAUCCGCAGCUGCCCGCGGCCCCACACGAAGAAGGAGGUGAGGUCCUUCCUGGGCCUGGCCGGCUGGUACAGGAGGUUUGUCCCGCAGUUCACCACCAUUGCUGCUCCGCUGACCGCGCUGACUGCGAAGGACCAGAGGAAUCCUGUCGCCUGGAGCGAGGACUGCGAGACCGCCUUCGAGACCCUGAAGACCCACCUGUGUUCCUCACCCGUGCUGAGGAGUCCUGACUUCAACCAGAGGUUCCUGGUCCAGACCGACGCGUCCGCCGUGGGACUGGGAGCUGUCCUGGCCCAGGGUCCGCCAGGAGAGGAACGUCCGGUUCUUUACAUGAGCCGAAAGCUGCUGCCCCGUGAGACCCGGUACUCUACUGUCGAGAAGGAGGGCCUCGCGAUCAAGUGGGCUCUGGAGAGCUUGCGGUACUACCUGUUGGGGAGGGAGUUCGACCUGGAGACCGACCACCGGGCUCUGACAUGGAUGAACUCUAUGAAAGACCACAACAGUCGUCUCACCCGGUAGUACCUCGCCCUUCAGCCGUUCCAGUUCCAGAUCCGUCACCGAGCCGGCAGGACCAACGUCGUGGCGGACUAUCUCUCCAGGUUGCCGCACAUCGCCAACCUCGGGGAGGAGAGGGAUAAUGUGACGGAGCACCUCUAAAUGCCCCGUCACUCUUAAGCCCUGUGCGCCUUUUCUCCUCUCGGCGGCUCCGGGGGGGGCGGGGUGCAGGAGCGCGCCGCGCUCCAUUGUUCUCACAGCGCGUGCUGAGAAACUGUUUGCCGAGAUCGCCCACACGUUCCCCGGCCCUGGACUCAUAAACUGCCCUUCAUACUCCUCCCCAUAUCUGGACUCACUUCUUCCCUGUUGUAACGCGUCGAGGGUGCACACUCGGCGCCUACACGUCUCCCCUCACCAAACACACCCGGACAAUAACACUCACCUCUCAAUGACUGUGCAGCCUCUGUGUCGUGGGCCAAACAGAGGCGCUUCCGGCUGUGGGAUAAAUGGGGCAAGUGGCGCGCAAUGGGGCCACCACGUGACCGGGACUUUCCCAUUUUCCGGUUCUGUAGUUAUUUUGUGGUUUAUUAUGUUUUCAGAGUUGUUUCAGUUACCUUAAGUUGGGUAAUUUGUUUUGUGUAAUUUUGGUUUAAUUGUAUUAUGGAUUUUGUUCUUCCUUAUGGUUAUUUUUGCCUUUUCUUAUUUACCCCCCCCUACAAGUAACUUUUGGUUUGCCCGGGGGAGGGGCUAGGGGGGUAUAUAUAGGGGCCCUGAGUUGAACAGGGGGAGAGAGAG